CGGCAACUCGGCGGGACCAGAGCCUGCGCGCACAAUCUGAGGCCCGCGGCUUCCCGGCACCAGCUGGACGCCGAGCCCCGCGAGAUGAGGAAAUUGAGGCCGCCAGGAGCCCACAGUCUUACGGCCAGAAGCAGCAGAAUCGGGAAUCAAACCCAGACCUCUGUAAAUUAUCUUCCUAAUAAUUGGGAGAAGACCCUUGGCUGAAUGGCAGCUGUAGAUGACUUGCGGUUUGAAGAAUUUGGUGAUACAGCCACUUCUCUAGCAGCAAACCCAGAUGCCACCACAAUAAGCAUCGAGGAUCCUGGUGAAACCCCAAAACACCAGCCAGGACCCCCAGGAGGCUCAGGGAGAGAAGAGGAUGAUGAGUUACUAGGAAAUGAUGACUCUGACAAAACUGAGUUACUUGCUGGACAGAAGAAAAGCUCUCCCUUCUGGACAUUUGAAUACUAUCAAACAUUCUUUGAUGUAGACACUUACCAGGUCUUUGACAGAAUAAAGGGGUCUCUUUUGCCAAUACCAGGAAAAAACUUUGUGAGGUUGUAUAUCCGCAGCAACCCAGAUCUCUAUGGCCCCUUUUGGAUAUGUGCCACGUUGGUCUUUGCCAUAGCAAUUAGUGGGAAUCUUUCCAACUUCUUAAUCCAUCUGGGAAGGAAGACAUACCAUUAUGUGCCCGAAUUCCGAAAAGUGUCCAUCGCAGCCACAAUCAUCUAUGCCUAUGCCUGGCUGGUUCCCCUUGCACUCUGGGGUUUCCUUGUGUGGAGAAACAGUAAAGUUAUGAACAUCGUUUCCUAUUCAUUUUUGGAGAUUGUGUGCGUCUAUGGAUAUUCACUCUUCAUUUAUAUCCCCACGGCGAUACUGUGGAUCAUCCCCCAGAAAGUGGUCCGCUGGAUUCUAGUUACGAUUGCCCUGGGCAUCUCAGGCUCUGUCUUGGCAAUGACAUUUUGGCCAGCAGUUCGUGAGGACAACCGGCGCAUCGCAUUGGCCACAAUUGUGAUGAUUGUGUUGCUUCACAUGCUGCUUUCUGUGGGCUGCCUGGCCUACUUUUUUGAUGCACCAGAGAUGGACCAUCUCCCAACAAGCACAGCUGCUCCAAACCAAACAGUUGCAGCAGCCAAGUCCAGCUAAAGGGGAAAGUGAGAGAUUAUCUUUUCAUCUUCUCGCUAUGAGUUCUCUUCAGUGGGUUUUGGAGUAUGGUUCUUUUGGACGUGGCAUCCACUGCAGGAAAGCAGAACGACCAAAGCGCAGGAAAACGGAUGGAAUGGCCCCAACCCCCAACAUCUGGGGGGUGCCACACUGAAGCCUAAUCACCUGUUUAACAAACAAAAAUUAAAUGUUGUUGAGUUGA